AUGGACGCAACGAAAACCCUUCCAGCCUCAUGGUACUGUUCUCAAAACCUGUAUCAACUCGAACAACGCGCAGUCUUUUUCAAGGCAUGGUACCUCGUCGGUGCAGUCCCCAGAUUCGCCGUGGACAGAGAAGUCGAGUAUGAAUUUGCCGGUGUCACUGUCGUGGUGAGGCAUGAUGGCAAUGAGAACUUUGAAGUGACCAGAAAAUCUGAUGGCCUCCUCCUCCCUUAUCAUCUGACUCCAACAGGCCUAUUAUUUUCCGCCAUUUCCCCGUCCGCUCCUCCCUUUGAACAAUGGUUCCCUCCCUCCCUUGUACGACUACUUUCUCACUACAACUUCCGCCGCCUCCCCCACCGCCGCUCCAUAAAAUAUCCAGGCCGCUUCAACUGGAAAACCAUGGUCGACGGGUACCAGGAGUGUCUGCACUGCCAGUACACCCAUCGCAGCUUCUCAGUCAGAUACCCACCGACUUUUUACGAAGUGCAUAACCACGACACAUACAGCCGGCAUAUCUCCGACCCAGCGAAACCGAACGAUGGCCUCUUUUUGUACUUCUUUCCGGUCUGCACGCUCAACUUGUAUGGUGGGGGCAUGAGUAGUUUUCGAGUGUGCCCAGGGGAGAAAGUUGGAGAGACACGCAUGGAAUUUGAUUACUACUUUGACGACGGCCAUGGUGGGACCGAGGAAUUUGAAGAGUACUUUAGAUUCGUGAGGAAGGUGGCGAUGGAGGAUUUUGAGCUGUGUGAGGUUGCACAAGAGAAUUUGGAACGGGGCGUGUAUUCACAGGGUGUAUUAAAUCUGGUCAAGGAGAGUGGUGUUUUGCACUACCAGCAAUUGACGAGGAAGAUGGUCGUUGAGAAGUUCAAGGAGGAAGAAGCAGAGAAGAAUGCCUUGACGCCGGCGAGCAGUAGGGCAAGUGGGGUUGGAUCCUCAUAUCAGGAGGAUGUUUCGGUCUCGGCUUGA